CGAAAGCUGCGUACUGAUUAAGUAAAGCCUUGAUUUUCGGGCAAGUAAAUCUGUCGAAACUGCAUCAAAAGUGCGCGUGCCUUAUUUUACACAAAAACACUUGAGUGCUGAACAAGGCAUGGCAAAUUUGCAAGGCAAAAUUUUCCUCCUUUUUGCCUUUGCUUAUUGAAAUACCCAUUUACUUUGCUAAUGUUUUUCAAUAGCUGUUUCCGACAUUUUGGUCUGCAACAAGUACAACGUCUGGCGUUUGAAUUGUUCAACUUGUUUGUCUCAGAAGACGAGGCUUUCUAGGGAAAUUGUGACUUGAGCAGGUCAUCAGGAAGCAUCUCAAAUACUUGCUGCUGAUAUCUAAUGGCCAAGCUGUGUUGAACUGUUGUGAGAUUCAUAUAAGAUAUCGCAGCGUUUACAUGCUUUUCAGUGUUACCCAUAUAUUCUAUCUGAGAUUGGAUCUUUGAAUCAUUAAAAUAAAUCUCUUUGCCAUUUUAUGUGAUUACAUUUAAUUCAAUUGGUAUGGACCCUAGCUUCUCACUGGACCAUAAGUGGUGGUUAGAGUUUCAGCCUGAUGUUAAUAUACAGAACUUCUUUAUUUUUGAACAUAUGGAUGGGAAAAAAUCAGAUGCAACUGAAGAGAAUUUACAAUCAAACGGUACUAUAUGCUUAGCAUUGAAGGCCACUCAUAACAGAUGUGAACAAGGCAAAUUGUCUUCUCCGUUUCCUUUAUGUUCAAAUUUAGAGCUGACUAAGUGCUCUAAUGUACAGACAUGUGAAAGAAAUAAAAUAACAAUGCCCCAGCCGUUCGAAGUCUACGAUGAUGAUUCUGCUGUAGAAGUGGUGGAGGAGAUAGCUGGACGUAAUAUUCAUAAGGCUUCAGUGGUGGAUACUUGUUGGGAAGAAAUCUUGGGAAAGAAUAAAUUGGCUGAUGGUACUGGGCUUGAAAGGUCCUUAGAUUACUAUCUUCACUGCACAAAUACUAAAUCUUAUAAUAAGGGUGGAAUUACAUGGCGUCAAGCAGAUCAAAGAGAGCUGGCUUCAAUUGUUGCAAUUAAGUCUGCAGAGCACUUGCAAAAUUGCGAUCUUCCUCCCCCACAAUCAGUGUGGCUUGGUUGCAGAUUUUUAGAAAGCAGUGGGAAAUAUGAAGAGGCAGAUACUUCCAUGCCAAAGGACAGAGAUGACAAAACUUCUGCAGGUAGAUCAAUGGGUCUUGAAGAAAAAGCUUUGAUCUCAUUGCAACCUUCUGGACAUUCAUCCCUGCCCUCUCUUGUUUCUGAGGCUAAUGAAUCAUUGGCUGUACAAACAGUACCAUCAGAUCAUCUCCAAGAGAAAAUGCCAAGGUGUAAUGAUAGGAUACCCUGCUCAGAUGGAAACACAGAAACUACAGAAAAUGAUAACAUCAAGUUAAACAUAUUGGAAGCUCUGCGACGUUCACAGACACGGGCUAGAGAGGCAGAGAAAACAGCUGAACUUGUCAUUUUGGAGAAUGAAAAACUUUUAUCACUGCUUAUCAGGGAAGCUUCACAUAGAAACUUCUAUAAGCAAUGGCUGGCAGUACUACAAAUUGAGAAUUCAAAGCUCAGAUGGCAAGUCAAAAUCCUGCAGUCAAAAGAUCAAGGUAGAAAAACUUGUAAUUCUCGUGAAGUCUUAAAGAGAAAGAAAGUGGUAACAAAACAGGACCAGUGUUGUGUGGUAAAUUACCAGGGCAGACACUGCAAGAAGAUCAAGAAAUCAAAACCAAAGAGGAAUGGUUCUUGGGCUUUUGCAGUGGCUCUCGGUUUAAGCCUUGCUAGUGUUGGCCUUAUACUGGGAUGGAGCAUGGGAUGGAUUUUUCCCAGUUUAUGACUUGUGGUAUUUUGCAUUUGGUAGAGAUUGCAAUUUCUGUGAAACUUGCAGAGCAAUCAAAUUGUAUUGUUUUGGUGUCUGAUCAUCUUUGAGAUGCAAGUGUUUGCUAUUCUUCCCAGUAAUUUUUUAGGGCUAAUUUUAGUUACAUAUUUGUUUGAUUGUUUUAGAAAUCACUUGUGCAUUCUAAACAAAAGAUAGAUAUUAUAUUGUUAUGCCAUGAAUUCUUUUGGCAGAUCAUGUAUAUGUAUUGUAUAUCUUUAUUCAUUGUAUAUAGAUUGUUUAGCUAGUGCUUCUGUUCAA